CACAUAAUUCGACAGUUGUUUUGUGCAAGUCACUACACCCUGCCCUUUCAUCUCCGAAAAUGGCAAAAAACCGCACCAUGCGGGCCUGGAUACACACUUCCACCAAAAUGCCCCUCGAAAAUGGCAUGACACUUGUGGAAAACGAGCCCUAUCCUUCGGGUCCCCUCAAGCCCAACGAAGUCCUCGUCAAAGUCAAGAGCGUGGGGAUCAACCCAGCCGACCCUACCUUUGCGGAGCUAGGCCAGCCGGCCAGAGUUCUUAUUAAGCCCAAUCCAAUUCCUGGUAUGGAUUUCAGUGGCGAGGUCGUGUCGACUGGAAGCAAUGUUGCUUCUAUGCAUCCAGGCGACCGCGUUUUUGGCAGAGUGGACACGCAAAAAGGCCAUCCAGGCUCCAUGGCGGAGUACACGAAAGCCGAAUCUGAAGGCUGUGUGUUGAUACCACCUGGUAUUGACUGGGAUCACGCCGCAGGUGUCGGCACGGCAGCUAUUACAGCCUACGAGACCCUAGUGCAGAAUUCAAAUCCUGGCGAUUCUGUACUCAUCAAUGGAGGCACGGGAGGUGUCGGAACUUUUGCUAUCCAAUUUGCGAAAGCUCACGGGUGUAAGGUGACGGUUUCGUGCUCAACCACCAAAAUUGAUCUUUGCAAGGACCUUGGUGCUGAUGAAGUGAUUGACUAUCGUACGGAGGAUCUGGUCUCCGUUCUGAAGGGGAAAGGCAAGGUUUUUGACCUGGUGGUUGAUUAUGCAUAUCGGGAACAAGUAAACUUAUAUAAGGCCUCAGACGACUUCUUGACCGACGGAGCAACGUUUGUCAUGGUGCCUGGUGGGGUAUCAGGUGCAUUGCUCAAGACAUUAAGCAAAAACAUGAUCUGUCCUUCUGUGUUGGGUGGCGGAAGAGCUAAGUUCAAGGCAUACUUCGCAAAAAGUAACCAUGCAGCCUUCCAGCAGAUAUCCGAAUGGAUGGCGGCUGGGAAAGUCAGGACUGUCAUUGAUUCUGUCUUUGAGUUUGAGGAUAUGCCUAGCGCGAUUGACCGGAUCAAGUCUGGCAGGAGCACAGGGAAAAUCAUAGUCCAUAUAUAGCCCGUUGACAUUGUUUAUUUACUGUCCUUCAACGAAAUGAGAAAUUGG